AUGGCGCAUUCCCACCGUGCCGCGGCGUCUCAUGACAACCGUUCCCUCAUGGCUUUUACCACUGCAAUGACCGUCCCCGCCCGCCCCACCACCCUAUCCACCUCCUCCACUGCCCAAGUCUCCCCCCGCCGCCUGCACGGACGCACCGCACCCAACCGUCGCGCCACGCGCCCACCCGUCGCCACCUCCACCGCGGUCAAUCCGUCCCCCUCUCCCUUUCCCCCGCCCACGGCCUCCACCCUCAUCUGCACAAGUCUCACGGCGACCACCGUCUCCGCCCAGCUGGCACAAAUGUCCGCCGCGAAGGCCGCCGGCGCCGACUUGGCCGAGAUCCGCAUCGACCUGCUCGACCUCGCUGAGCAACCCAACUGGCCCUCCAUUUUCACCGGCCGCGAGCUUCCGGUUAUCGUCACCAACCGCGCCUCGUGGGAGGGUGGAAACGCCCCGGACGACGAGGACGCGCGCCUGGGGAUGCUCGCGCACGCUGUGUCUCUCGGUGUCCCGUUUGUCGAUGUCGAGCUCAAGGCUGCGCCCAGGUUCCAACAUAUUUUGGACGAACGGGGCAUUGAAAUGAUGGGGACUAAGCUUAUUCUCAGCCAUCACAACUUUCACCGCCAUUUGGAACCUGGCGAGGUGGAAGAGGUGCAGCGGGGUAUGAAGGAGGCGGGUGCGGAUGUUCAUAAGAUUGCCAUGAUGGCGACGAGCGCCAUGCACAAUGCCCUCGUUUUUGAUACGCUGAUUGGGGCGCAGGUGCCAACGAUCAUGCUGGCCAUGGGAGAGCUGGGUCAGCUUUCGCGGUUGGCGGCACCGCGCUUUGGGGCUUUCUUGACAUUUGCGAGCGUUGCGGCGGGCGAGGAGUCUGCACUAGGACAAGUAGAUGCGGAUACUCUUAACCAGCUGUAUCGGUUCCGCUCCAUUGGAGUUGAUACCCCCAUGUACGGUGUCAUCGGUAACCCUGUCUCACAUUCGGCUAGUCCUGCAGUGCAUAAUGCGGCUUUGAGUGUUACCGGAAAGGAGGGCGUGUACUUCCCGCUAAAAGUGGACGCCGAGGUGCCGCACUUCAUACGUGAGAUGGCGGCGCGAGGUUUUGCGGGCUUCUCUGUGACGAUUCCAGGGAAGCUUGUCGCGAUGGAGGCCAUGGAUAAGAUCGACGACGUGGCGAGAAGGAUUGGGGCAAUUAACACCGUUGUGAAGAAAGAGGAUGGAACCCUGGAGGGCUACAACACGGACUGGGUGGCCGCUUUGUCGGCAGUGGAAGAAAAGGUAGAGGGCGGAAUGCAACGAAAGAGAGUGCUUUGCAUAGGUGCUGGUGGGGCGGGGCGAGGGCUUGCAUUCGGCGCACUGGAGCGGGGGGCUAGGCAUGUGGUGGUUGCGAACCGGACUAAGGCUAAGGCAGAAGCACUUGCAGCGGACUUGGGAGCGCUGGCAAGCGGGAUCGGACUUGAUGAAAUGGUUGACGAAGAAGAGUUUGACGUCAUCAUGAACACAACGAGCGUGGGUAUGAGCCCGAGGGUAGAGGAUAGCCCAGUGGAUAAACGGUUGUUCCGAAAGGGCAUGGUUGUUUUCGAUGCAGUUUACAACCCAUUGGAAACGAGGAUGUUGAAGGAGGCGACCGCGGCAGGAUGCGUGACGGUAUCCGGGCUGGAGAUGUUUGUCAGGCAGGCCGGAGAACAAUUUAAACUUUGGUUCCCAGACGUUGAGGCACCGGUUGGAGCAAUGCGAGAGGUUGUGCUGAAAAGGUUAGGUCGUUAACAAGUUUGACUUAUGCUUUUUGCGUUAUGCACGAGCACGUUAGUUUAAUUUACAGGUACUACGUGCACGGAACAUUUUUCCUUGCUCUUAGUGCACACCUGGAAACCUUAUCACCCAUGCGCUAAUAAGAAUGACCUUCCUGGGACUAAAAAAGUUGCCGAGAACUUUGCGGAAAAGGACCGACGCUGGCUCAA